AUGAACAGGAUCCGGCUACCUAUAAGGAGGCAAAAGAUCAGGUCCCUUUUACUGACCCCCAGUGGAACCCUAAUAAGCCUGAAGGUAUGGGUCCUUUAACUAAUUACAAAGAACUGUUGCUGUUUGGCCUACGUCACUCGGCAGUUUGCCAUAACAACUGGGCAAAGCCUUAUGAGAUAGUACAGGAGCCAAAGGAGAGUCCGGUAGCCUUUCUACAGCGCAUCCGGGACGCAAUUAGACAGCAUACAACAGCCAACCCUGAGAGUCCGGAGAUUGAGGCAGUCAUAAAGGGUAUUUUUACCAGUCGGGCUGCCCCAGAUAUUAAAAGAAAAUUACAAAAGAAGGAAGAUCUCAUGGGAAUGACUAUGGCUCAGAUCCUGGAAACAGCUAACAAGGCUUACAGUCUUCGGGAUGUAGAGAAGGAGAAGAGGCAGGUGGACACACAGUCCCAGGAAAUUUUCUCCUUCGAAUGGGAAGAUGCAAACAGGAAUAAAAGGCAGCUGUGUUGGACGGUGCUGGCACAAGGAUUUAAGAACUCCCCCACUCUUUUCGGUCAAGCUUUAUCGCGGGACUUGGAAGGAUGGGAAAAUGAGAACAAAGUCCUUCUCCUACAGUACGUUGAUGAUUUAUUAAUCGCAGCAGUGGGACUAGAAGUAUGUCUCCAGGCAACCGUAUGUGAGGGACUCUCAGCCACUCCCUUUGGAUGCACCUGUUCAUUCCCUACAGCCUGGUGACUUCGUCCUCGUCCGGACCUGGAAGGACGAACCCCUCCAGGAGAAGUGGAAAGGACCCUAUCUCAUCUUACUGGUUUCUCACACGGCUGCGAAAGUAGAGGGACACAAGAGCUGGAUUCACUAUUCCCGAUUAAAAGCUGUACCUCCACCACAGAAUCCAGACCCCGAGCAGUGGACGGUUCAGCUUACUGGGACGGGAGCAUCGGAAGAUUUGGGACUCAAGUUAUUGUUUAAAUGCAAAUCACUCUAAUUUGGCCAUGUUUUUAAUACUUGUAUGGGUGUUUACUGUUUCUGGACAGUUGGCCCCUUUAUCUUUCCACUCCCCAGAAAAUAACUGGUGGGCACUUUUAGCUGCCACAGCCUCUAAUUCUUCCCACUUUUGUGUAGGGAGCGGUUACACUUUAGGGUCUGUAUUUACUACUUGUUUUGUGGGAGUAGCUAUGCCCUUGCAA